AAUAAUUCUUCUGAUUUAAUUGAUAAUAGCGGUGGAGAAUAUAGGGGAACUUAUCAAAAAAAUACAGCAAAAGUUAAAAACCCUCAACGAUCAACUUUUAAACAGGAGAAAAAUAAUUUGAAGCAAGAACUCCGCGAUAAAGUCAAGGAGUUAGAACAAUCAGGAUUGGAUAAAAAUGAAAAACAAGAAAAAAUAAAUAAACUCCUAACUGAACACAGCGAAGAAUUGGAAAAAUUGGAUCAAGAGAUUGAGGCCGAACGAGCAGAUUAUCGGCAUUUACGGGAUAAAUUGAUUGAGCGACUAUGCCGACCUUGCCAAAUUUGCCCAGAAAAAGAACAGACCAAAAACCAUUUGAAACAAAAGAUUACCUAUUUAUUCGGCCUU